AUGCCUCCAACCAAACGACUAGCCUCCAGCAAAGAACCUGCAGCAGGGCCACAAAACCACAAAAUCUUCGACUCUUGGAACUCCGCAUCCACAGGUCACCAGCGCGCAGGAUGUCUCUAUGCAGGCUCCGCAUCAUGGAAGGAUACACGGACAUUAAAGCUUGAGCGACAGCUGCAGAGUGGCGACUGUUUGCUCCCGGAUGAUCGCAGGAGCAGCGCGCAGGCACAGGCAUUUGACGGGCGGUGCGGGACACAGUCUUUCGAGGAGCGGGAUGGCGACAAAGAGAACAACAAAGCGACCUCUGUCAACGGGGACGGAGAGUGGCGGUGGAUAUCGGAGGCCGAGGCGAAGCGGUCACAGCUGGGGGUGAGGGAUAUUCGAUCGUUUAUGGGGGUCAGCAAGCGGAAAUCUGGGGGCGAUAAGCAGCUACGAUGCGGUGCGAUAGAAAAGAAGCCAAAGAGUGAGGAGAGGUUAGAGUCAUCGAAAGGCGGGCGUGGAAAAGAGGUUGCCAAGGACGUACAGGAUGAAGUGUCGACCACGACGAUUCCAGCCGUGCCCUCACAGGCAGUACAGCGAUCUUUUACUAGGGCGGUCUCCGUCGCGGCUCCUACUGAGAUGGCGCCUGCGAAGAAGAUAUUUACGGGCAUCAACGUUUUCAUCAAUGGCUCUCCCCUACCUCUCAUCUCGGAUCACAAGCUUAAAGGCCUCCUUGUCUCCCAUGGUGCCAAGGUAUCUAUAUCCUUAGCACGCAAGACUGUCUCGCAUAUCAUCGUUGGGCAACCAAAUAAGGCUGGGGCUGGGGCUGGGGCAGGGGCAGGAGCUGGAGGCGGCCUUGCAGCGAGGAAGCUGGAGCAAGAGAUCACUCGCGGGGGGUGGAAGGGAGUCAAAAUCGUGGGAGUGGAGUGGGUCCUUGAGAGCAUCAGAUCUGGGAAACGACUUAGCGAAACACGAUUCACAGGGAUGCAUGUUGCGCAAAAAGGUCAAAGGAGUGUAGCUGGUAUGUUUGGUGGGCGUUAG